CGCAGAUUUGAGAUAUCAAAGGUACGUAGCGAUAUAGAUACCUGAGGAUCCGGUCUGACGGACUCUCUUUCUGUGCAUGGGAUUUCAUUGGUCAAUUUCCUGACCGGCGAAGAGUCUUUCUUACCCACCGUCAAACCGAUAGAGCCAUCCACCGGCAAAACCAAAAUUUUCAACACCGGGGAUAACUCAACACUGGCCACAACUAUUAGGAACUUAGCCCUCACAGAAAAUAGUAUUUAUGAGACUCGUGCCAUAAUGGGUUAUUCCAACGAUCCAAAAGACCACUGCAACUGGGUCGAGCUUGAGAAACCGGACCGACAGAAACAAGCCCUAGUAGGUCACUGCUUGGUGAGCAAUGCGGCACGUCAAAUGCAGACUAACAAGUUGCAUGCAAAAUAUUCACGAUACCAAAAUGAACCCAAACACGAAACACGACGAGAAAUCGCAGGUGGCCUGCAGCGGGUCUGCAAUGGCAGGUUUGUCAGUGUCGACUCCUCGUACGGAACCUGGUGCUUUGCCCUCAUCUGCACUGUCAUCAAUCCACAUCGAAAGAUCAGAGUCACGCGCACUCGGUGUGUCACACAUGAUGGCCCAGUACUUGGACGACAAGACACUUGUUCCUGUAACGGAGCGCUUGAUAUCAGACAAGGUUCUGUGACCUACACCUCGAGGUACGGACUGUUUCAGCGAUUUCAUGAAGCUGUGGGGGAUUAAAACGUAGUAAAGGAUCACACAUCAGCCUGAGAAAUAGGUUUUAUGGUAACAGGUAGUGCAGCAUCCAUAGCAAGCUAAAUCUAGCCUCAUUCAUUUGAA